GUCGGAAACAAUCUCAUCAGAGUAUUCUGCCGUCCUGGACUCCCUCAGCUUCGUGUGCUGUUGAAUCGGUCUUUUGAGACAUAACUGUUGUCCAUUUUCCGAGCUGGAGUACAUCUGCUUGCUCAGAAUUAUACUUGAAACCUGUAGGGAUAGCAGUUUGUGAUGUCAGGGACACCACAAACUCGGUCGCGAGUCAGCGGUUUACCAACACCAAGUCACCGUUCGGUUAGUGGAUUACCAACGCCAACCCGGGCCCGCUCCUCCGCUGGUGCCUACAAGGAUGUCCCACUGGAGAGUGACGCGGCCGCUAUGCGUGCUUUGUCCGAUGCCAUUCGUGCCAAUGAUCCUGCGCAACACAGAUCGAAUUUAGAUGCAUCGGGUUUUAGAAUGGGGAAAGACGCGCUGGAUAGACAGUCUUCUGUGUCUAGGGCGUCAUCAAACAACAUCAGCGCGCCGCGCGCGAGUACCUCCUCUUUAGCCUCCUCCGUAGCCUCAUCAGUCAAUAGCCACGCAUUUGACAGAUCUACGUCAACAAUACGUCCGAAAACGCCUGCGUCCGCGACAUCAUCCAUGUUCAGGUCCACCCAAACCCCUCGCUCUUCCACAACAACCAUAAGCACCCGUCCUGGAAGCCGCACCUCAGAUGUAUUUGGGAGAACACCAAGUCGGUCGAGCACAAGGCAUGCGCCUUCUCUCUCCGGAUUAGAUAGACCAGCAGAGGUCGGAGAUUAUGUGCGCAUUGACAGUCUCGAUGUUGAAGGAACCAUCCGGUUUUUGGGUGGGACGGAGUUCAAGGCUGGUGUAUGGGCAGGAGUGGAGCUUUGUGCCUCUGAUAUAGGGAAAGGGAAGAAUAAUGGAACAGUUGCAGGAGUAAAAUAUUUCUCUUGUCCGCCAAACUGUGGAGUUUUCGUGUUGGCUACCAAACUCACUCGAAUACCCGUACGACCAUCGUCCGUAGCCUCCUCUCACAGCCGGCCGCCCUCAUCAAUGUCUGGCCGCAUCACCCCAGCGAGUCGUAGCAGUAUGUUACCAUUCAAAACGCCCGAUCCCCCCAAAAUAUCCGCAGGAUCUCGUGCUAGCAAGUACGUAGGUUUGACCGCUCGUCAAUUGGCAUCAUCAAAAGAAAACACCAAUACUCCACGGGUGGGAUCUAUCAGCCCCACACGAUCGCCUGCACGGUCUGUCACAUCGUUCGCCACCCCGAAACCUGGGAAACCAUCUGCUAUUGGCCUCCCUGGUCCCGGACCAAGACGAUCACUUGCUACGUCCACAACUAUCACGCCGCGUGCUGCUGCGGUGAACCGAAAUGGGAAGACUGAAUCGCCAGUGCCAGACCUCCCAGAUUUGUCGUUUAUAAGAGCAUCGCCUUCACGAAUGAAGCCUAUAGGCUCAAAUGGUUUCCCUUCAUCUAGGGGUACUCCCGCCCCUGAACAGCCACUCGAUUCUCCGGUAUUCAAAUCUGCCGCUUCGGACACAACCAGUGCCCUUCAAGCAAAUGCCCAAGCUCUUCAAGAAAGAAUAGCGAAGCUUGUUUCAGGGGUACCUGUAUCUCCCAAGACCUCGCCAACCACUGCGUCCUCUCCAGCACCUCCCUUCACUUCGGCGAGCACUGAUGUCGCUCCCGCCGACGACGAAGUUCGACAAUUCAUCGCCAAGAUAGAGCAACUUGAAAGCGAAUUAGCGCGGGUACGAUCCAUCGCGUCUGAGGCACCUGCGCCCGCACACCCGGUUGACGCAUCGAAUCGCGAAGAUGCCGUGGCAUCUGCUCUAGAAGCGGAGAAAGCUGUACAUGCAAGCCAUGUUGCCGAUCUUGAGAAGCAGAUUCGAUUGAUUCAAGAUUCAGCGAAGACAGAACGGGAGACUCUGAGGAGUCAGCUUCUCGACGCCAAUGCUGCGAUGGAGAGAUCAAAGCAAGAGCUAGAUCGCUGGGUCGCCCAGAAUGCUGACUUGGAUGUUACUGUAGCAAAGUUGAAGUCGGAAGUUAGUUCCAAGAACGACAGCUUGGAUGUAGUCAAUUCCGCUCUGAGUCAGUCGAACGACGCUCUGAAGUCACUGCAGGAGAAGUUUAUGAAGUCUACUGAGGAGUUCGAGGGUGAGAAGGCGGAACUCACAAUGCAAGUGGAUGAGUUACGCUUGGCGGGCCAGGAAACAAUUGCCCUAUACGAGGAACGUCUUAGCAAUAGUGAGGCGCGUCGGUACGAUUUGGAAGAUGUCAUCAAGUCACUUGAGGAGCAACUGAAGAAGCAGGCAGAACCCAUCUCGGCUGCGGAGCUGCAGGCCCGAGCCAACACUGCCGCACAGAUCGAUAACGAGACCCUACAGGAACAAGUGAAACAUUUCCAGAAGCGAAUCAGCAACUUAGAAGAGCAGCUUGACGAAGCCCGGGCUGCUCAGGAGCGAGAUGAGCAGGCUAUUAUGACCCGCGUUACCCGGUUCCGUGAAGCCGAGGUACAGCUCAAGAAAGAAAUCGCUCUUAUCAAGCAAGAGAAUGACGAGAUUGCAAGGACGGAGGCUUCUGCCAGGGCAAGGGUCGAAGAGGUGACGGAGGCACUUCGAGAGAGCGAUCUUGCUCUAGAAGAUGCUCGGGCGGAGAUUGAAACACUCCGAGGCGACAUUGCCUCGCUCGAAGCCGCAGCGAGUGCUGUUGGCGCUGCCGCGGACGGGGCCGAUGACCCCAUCAGCAAACUUAGGGUUGAGUUGCAAGCAGCGAGAAUCGCUACCCAAGAGAAAGCCUCCGCGAAUGAAGCCCUUAAAGCACAGGUCGCUUCUUUGCAGACAGAAUCAGGGGAGCUUGACAAGCGGUACAGAGAAUCGUUGUCCGUGUCCAGAGAAUACCAGGAGCGUUUGGCCGAAAUGUCCCGAGUCCUUGAGCAGCGGACAACUGACCUUGAACCUAUGAGAGGAGUUCACUCACCAGCCCGUGAGAACAAAUAUGUGAAUGGUCGGGACGAUUCUCGAGAGCAAAUCACCGGUCUCAAACAUGUCGUACAGCAGCUCACUAAAGAGAAUGCUGCGUUGAUUGCUAGCAGCAAAGUCCUAGAGUCAGACAAUAAAAUGCUCACGACUGAGACGGGUGAGCUCCGGGAGUCGCUGAAAGAGCUUGAAGAAAAAUUCGAACAAACCAUACUGCGGGAGCAGAGCGUACUUGACGGAGCUGGGGUUGACCCUUCAUCUCCCCUUCUCCAAGACGUUGCUACCCUACGGCAAGCUAUCAAAGAUGCUCAGGCUCGUCACGAGCGCGAAAUGGAACAGAUGCGCAGGCGGGUCGCCGAUAUGGAGAAGAAGCAUGCCCGGACCGUACAUGACCUUAACAAGGAGAUUGCAGAGCUCGAGAACUUAGUUGAAGCCAAGAUAUACCGGGAAGAUGACCUCGAACGAGAGAUCGAGCGCCUGAAGGAAAAGCUCUCUCGGCGCACAGCUAAAGCUAGUAGUGAAUCGGUGCUCAGCAAACCUCGCGAAACUGUUGGAGCAUCCAACCCAAAUGGCAGCACGCAAAAGACGCUGCACGAAAACGUCAAUGAUGAUCUGACCUGCGAGGUUUGUGGCGAGAGGGGACACGAUCUCUUGACCUGUCAUUUGGUGUUUGACAGUCCUCGGAAGUCAGCUGCACCUUCAUCGACACCGCAGCCAGACGAGUCGUGGUGCCAAGAUUGCGAGAGUAAGGGACACAACACUGAGACGUGCCCAUAUUCACAAGACGUUUUCUAAUGGAACUUUGCUUUCUCAUUUAAAAUUACACUUGCCCUCAUCUUCCCCUCGUUCGCCACUUGUUCCAUUUGUUCAUCGUUUUCAGCUCUUCAUGUCACAAUAUCUGACUACCCCAUUCAUUGCUUGUCUCUUUCGGCCUUAUGGAUCUUAAUGUUGAUACCCUGAUUAUUAACCAUCCUUUGCCUACGACC